AUGGAUCCUUGGAGUGGCUACCAAAAUAUGCCACCAGACCAAGUGAAUUGGGCUGACCUGGCGCAACGAUGGAUGGCUAUGCGAUCAGUUCAAGAUGAUCACAGCCAUGGUGGUGAAUACAAUGGUUAUGGUGCCCAUUACGGAGGCGAUAGUGGACCGCCGGAUCAUUACGGUCGAAAUGGUGGUUAUAACGACUAUGGAAGGGAUGCUAUGGGUGGACAUUACAAUCAUGCUCGUGAUCAAGGAUAUGAGAGAGGCCCAGACAGAGACCAUCGUGGGUUUGCCAUGCACGACAAUCGUCAUCCAGACGACUGGGAACCAUCACAAUCACAGCCGUCGGGCCCUAAUCGUCCUAUUUUCCCGGCUGCUGCGCAGGCUAAAAAUGAAGCUCGACAUGACUACCAGGAUGGUUAUCGAGGACACUGGGGUGGAGCUCCUCCUCCCCCUCUGCCUUUGAUGGAUGCACGUGGAUCUCCUUCUGACUACCACCGUUCGCCGGGACCGCCGCCAAAUCAAUUUGCGCCGCACGAUUUUCCACCCGGACCAUCUCCACCAAGUAGAAAUUGGGUUCCCCCUCCACCUACUGGCCCUAUGCCAUCCGGUGGACCGCCGUUCCAUGGAGGUCCACCUUUAGGAGGACCACCUCCACAUGGAGGUCCUCUAGGACCACCAGGUCCACCACACGGGGGCCCACCGCCACCAGCAGGUCCACCACACGGUGGUCCAUCAUCAUCGGGAGGUCCAUCACGCCAAGGUCCCCCACCAACUAUGGCUCCAUCACAUACAUCGCACGGAGGUGCUCCAGAUGGAGCUCCGCCGCAUAGGGGUCCACCACACGGUGGCCCACCUGGACCGGGCGGACCACCUCCACAUUCGUCAGGACCCCCUCCAUGGUUUCCUCCGCCAUUUUAUCAGCCAAAUUCUUUUUCAUCUGGUGGAUCGAACAUGGCUCAUUCUCAGCAGCCUGGAAACAGUCAAACGCCAGCAUCUUUCUUUACAAUGGACGCUUCCGCCCGGAAAAGAUUGCCGGCAUGGAUAUUGGAAGGUCUUGAAAAAGCAGAACGUGAGAAGAUGAAACAACAGGAAAAGGAAGAACGCAUGAAGAAAGCUGAAGAGGAAAGAGCAAAGCGACGAGCUUUAGCUGGAAAGGGCAGAUUCGACAGCAGCAGUGAGGAUGAAGAUGAAGGACAUGCAGAUGACGAAAGAUCACGAUCCAAAUCACGGCAAUCAGUUGGCGCUGAGGAUGACGAUGGUGAGCCGGUUUUCUUAGCGAAACGGCAUGUUCUUCCUGUUGAAGAUCUUCGGACUGAGGAGGAAAAGAAGGACGAUGCGAUGGUUGCUGUGAGAUUCAUAAUGAUGUCGUUACUAAUGGAAGCUACGGACGGAUCUCUUCGCUCAAGCAUAAACGAAUGUAUACGAGAGGCGAAGCAUGAAGGUCUGCUGAAACAGUUGCUCAACAGUGCUGAGUUUUUGUGCAUUGCACAUCAGUUCCUAGCUGAGCCAAAGCUACUUGCGAAGAGUUCCGCAUUGGCGGCUUUGUCUAGCCUCGGAGGAGACGAUGAGAGUGACGAGGAUAGCGAUGAUGAGGACAAGAAGAAGAAUAAGAAUCGCAACGGUGAACCAUCACCAUCGAGUGAGUCAGGCGAGGAUAACACCGCAUUCAAGACCCCUCUUGGGGUUCCACGAAAGAGUAGUAAGCAAACGUCUAGCACAACAGAAGACUCUUCAACAGCUCUAACUGCUGGAGAUGGUAUGGAUUCAAAUAAAACGAAUUUACGGAGAUCUGGUAAAAAUGAUCCAGAUAAAAAUGGUUCUUCUGAUAAGUCAGAUUCGAAGCGUCGUAGAAGCAGAUCUCAGAACGGAAACGAAGUCGUUCUGGUGACCGUAAAGCGAAGCAGAUCACGUGAGCGUCGGCGCAGUUCGUCAAGAGAUCGCAGCAAACGCAGCCGCAGUCGCAGUCGCAGUCGUGAGCGUAGGCGUAGCAGAUCUGGCGAUCGCGGUCGUAGACGCAGCCGGUCGCGUGAGCGGAAACGCAGUGCGUCACGGGAGCGUCGACGUUCCCGUGAGCGCCGACGUAGUCGCUCAAACGAUCGCAAGCGUCCACGCAAAGAGCGCAGCGCAGAGCGUAAACGGGACAGAAGCUCCAGUAGGGAGAGGCGGCGUAGGUAG